CGGAUGAUUCCUUCUUCUCCAUUCCCAAACCCUUUCGCAAAGACAAUUGAAACUCGUCUGAAACCCUACAGAGCGGAGGAAGCUAUAUCCAAUGCGAACUGACCCAUGAAAACCUUGGAAUCUGAAUUUCCGCCAGGCUCUCGUGCUCCUCUGCUUCGGAUUUGUCACUACACCUAAUUUUUUUGUUCUAACUUGCAGCCGCUCCGUUUUGGCGCGUUUGCACAAAAUAUACAAUGUCGCUGCCUCCUCUAGUGUGCAUACACAUCACGGAGGACUCCGUUAAAGAAUUGAAGAACUCGAAUUCAAAUUUCCGAUUUUCUUCACCCGCUCCCGUGCUUCGAUUUCUUUAUGAGCUAUGCUUCACGAUGGUCAAAGGAGAUUUGCCGUAUCAGAAAUCAAAAGCAGCAUUGGAGGCUGUAGAAUUUUCAGAUUGUGGUCCGGAUGCAGACGUUGGAUCAUAUUUUGCUGAUAUUGUUUCUCAAAUGGCCCAAGAUCUUACCAUGCCUAGUGAAUAUCGUGCUCGCCUUAUUAAACUGGCGAAAUGGCUGGUGGAAUCUGCACUGGUGCCUUUAAGAUAUUUUCAGGAGCGCUGUGAGGAAGAGUUUCUGUACGAGGCUGAGAUGAUAAAGAUAAAAGCUGCUGAUCUGAAGUCUAAAGAGGUCCGAGUAAAUACACGUCUUCUUUAUCAACAAACCAAGUUUAACUUACUCCGGGAAGAAAGUGAGGGCUAUGCCAAACUGGUUACCCUGUUAUGUCAGGUUCCUGAAUCAUCAAGUGAAACUGUAUCAGUUGCAACAGUUGGCAUUAUUAAGUCAUUAAUUGGCCACUUUGAUCUGGAUCCAAAUCGAGUUUUUGAUAUUGUAUUGGAGUGCUUUGAACUUCAGCUUGAUAACAACGUUUUCUUGGAUUUGAUCCCAAUAUUUCCCAAGUCCCAUGCAUCGCAAAUCCUUGGAUUCAAGUUUCAAUAUUACCAGCACAUCGAAAUCAACACUCCUGUGCCAGCUGGGCUCUAUCAACUCACGGCUUUGUUGGUGAAACAAGAAUUCAUUGAUGUUGAUAGCAUAUAUUCGCAUUUGCUCCCCAAGGAUGAGGACGCAAUUGAACAUUAUAAUACCUUUUCAGCUAGAAGGCUUGAUGAGGCAAAUAAAAUUGGAAAGAUUAAUCUUGCUGCAACUGGUAAGGAUCUCAUGGAUGAUGAAAAACAAGGGGAUGUGACAGUAGAUCUUUUUACUGCUUUGGACAUGGAAACAAUGGCUGUCGUUGAAAGGUCCUCAGAGCUUACCAAUAAUCAACCUCUAGGGUUACUCAUGGGCUUUCUGGCUGUGGAUGACUGGUUACAUGCUCAUCAACUGCUUGAGCGCUUGUCACCACUUAAUCCAGUGGAGCACAUUCAAAUUUGUAAUGGUCUGUUUAGGCUCAUUGAAAAAUCAAUUUGUUCGGCCUACAAAUUGAUAUGUAGAAUGCCAAAUUCAUCUGCUGGCGAGUCAGAGACAGGAAGUUCAUCAAUCAAACAAUGCUUUAUUAAUCUGCCCAAAGAGCUGUUUGAAAUGCUUUCUUCUGUUGGACCCUAUCUUUAUCACGACACUUUACUACUGCAGAAGACUGCCAGAGUAUUGAAAGCUUAUUACCUUUGUGCCCUGGAGCUUGCUGGUAACGGCGAUCAGCCAUUCAAUGCAGAAUCUGGUAUAGAGGAAAUUCAGAAUCCUCGCUUUCACAUGAAGGAUGCUAGAUUAAGAAUUGAGGAAGCGCUUGGAACAUGUCUUCUUCCUUCUUUGCAGUUGAUACCUGCAAAUCCUGCUGUAGGGCAGGAGAUAUGGGAACUCAUGAGUCUUCUUCCCUAUGAGGUUCGUUAUCGGUUAUACGGUGAAUGGGAGAAAGAUGAUGAGCGCUUUCCGAUGCUUUUGGCAGCUAGACAAACUGCAAGGUUGGAUACUCGACGUAUAUUAAAACGUCUUGCCAAGGAAAAUCUAAAGCAGCUUGGAAGAAUGGUUGCUAAAUUAGCGCAUGCAAAUCCAAUGACAGUUCUUCGAACUAUUGUUCAUCAGAUAGAGGCUUACAGGGAUAUGAUAGCUCCUGUUGUUGAUGCAUUCAAGUAUUUAACACAGCUUGAGUAUGACAUCUUGGAGUAUGUUGUGAUUGAACGGUUGGCUCAAAGUGGACGAGAAAAGCUUAAAGAUGAUGGUCUCAAUUUGUCAGACUGGCUCCAGUCUCUGGCGUCAUUUUGGGGACACCUGUGUAAAAAGUAUCCAUCAAUGGAACUAAGGGGCCUCUUCCAGUAUUUAGUAAACCAAUUGAAGAAAGGCAAUGGGAUCGAGCUAGUUCUACUGCAGGAAUUAAUCCAGCAAAUGGCUAACGUACAAUAUACUGAAAACAUGACUGAGGAUCAACUAGAUGCCAUGGCAGGAAGUGAUACCCUGCGUUAUCAGGCUACUUCAUUUGGCAUUACAAGGAAUAACAAGGCAGUGAUUAAGUCCACUAAUCGGCUUAGAGAUUCUUUGCUCCCUAAAGAGGAACCUAAAUUGGCUAUUCCUCUUCUGCUUCUGAUUGCACAACAUCGUUCUGUGGUUGUCAUUAAAGCAGAUGUUUCUCAUAUCAAAGUGGUCAGUGAACAGUUUGAUAGAUGUCAUGGAACACUUCUUCAAUAUGUGGAAUUUCUUUGUAGUGCUGUGACUCCUACAUCUGCUUAUGCAUUACUGAUACCCACUCUUGAUGAACUUGUACAUCAAUAUCAUCUUGAUCCAGAGGUUGCCUUUCUAAUUUAUCGGCCUGUGAUGAGACUCUACAAGUGUCAAAAUAAUUCCAGUUCCUUCUGGCCUCUAAAUUGUAACGAAGCAAUGAACUCAACAGCUGCUGCCGAAAAGGAGCUUGAACCUAUAGAUUCAGCUGACAAAUUGGUGUUGGAUCUUGGAUCUUCUCGAAAGCCUGUUUUGUGGUCCAAUCUUCUUGAGACUGUCAAGACUAUGUUACCUCCAAAAGCCUGGAAUAGCUUGUCUCCUGAUUUGUAUGCAACCUUCUGGGGUCUUACUUUAUAUGAUCUGUAUGUACCAAGAAGUCGCUAUGAAUCUGAGAUUGGAAAGCUACAUGCUUCUCUUAAAGCUCUUGAAGAGCUUGCUGAUAAUUCUAGUUCUGCAAUUACUAAACGUAAAAAAGAGAAAGAAAGGAUUCAAGAGUCUCUGGAUCGAUUAGCAAUGGAGCUCCAGAAGCAUGAAGAACAUGUUAAGUCUGUGCAUAGUCGACUUGCUCAUGAAAAAGAUACAUGGUUGAGUUCUUGCCCGGAUACUUUGAAAAUCAACAUGGAAUUCUUGCAGCGUUGUAUAUUCCCUCGCUGUACGUUCAGUAUGCCAGAUGCUGUUUAUUGUGCCAUUUUUGUAAAUACACUCCAUUCCUUGGGAACACCAUUUUUCAACACCGUGAACCACAUUGAUGUUCUGAUAUGUAAAACCCUGCAACCCAUGAUAUGCUGCUGCACUGAGUAUGAAGUGGGCCGCUUGGGGAGGUUCCUGUUUGAGACACUGAAGACUGCUUAUCAUUGGAAGAGUCAUGAAUCAAUAUAUGAGAGGGAAUGCGGAAACAUGCCUGGAUUUGCUGUCUAUUACAGAUAUCCAAACAGCCAGCGUGUCAAUUAUGGACAAUUUAUCAAGGUGCACUGGAAAUGGAGCCAAAGAAUCACGAGGCUGCUGAUACAGUGCUUGGAAUCAACUGAGUACAUGGAGAUUCGGAAUGCACUUAUUAUGCUAACAAAAAUCUCGAGUGUUUUUCCUGUCACUCGGAAGAGCGGAAUUAAUCUUGAAAAACGGGUAGCUAAAAUCAAAAGCGAUGAAAGGGAGGAUCUCAAAGUUUUGGCAACUGGUGUUGCUGCGGCUUUGGCUGCACGAAAGCCAUCAUGGGUAACAGAUGAGGAAUUUGGCAUGGGUUUUCUUGAUAUAAGGCCGGCCCCUGUGCCUGCUUCCAAGUCUUUAUCGACAAAUAAUACUGCUUUGCAGAAUGGGGCUGAUCACAGUGCUUCUCAAUCCGAGCAACAUGGGAGUAGAUCUGCUUCUGUGGGGAGCUUGCAUUCAGAUUCUGGGAAUUUGGGUAAAGAUCCUAGGAGAUCUGAUGAUAAUGGAAAGCAGGUUGAUGAAUUGGCUAACAAACAACAGGAAGACAACCCUAAAGUUACUGCCAAGACAUCUGUGGAACCCGAGGUGAAGCCCACAGUGAAACGGCCUGCAGCUGUUGGUUCAGUUGCUAAGCAGACAAAACAGGAUAUUGCAAAAGAGGAGGGUAAACCUGGGAAAGCAGUUGGUAGAACUUCAGGCUCUUCAUCUGGAAAUGCUACUAUCCCUACUACUUCUACUAAAUUGGCAAAUACUUCAGAAACUAAGACAGAGACCAUGAAUGCAAAAUCUUCCGAUUCACGUGUUCAUGGCGGGAAAGAUGAUGGCAGUGAGUAUUCAGAUAUGCAUAAACAAUCAACAUCAAGGUCAAUUCAUUCUCCAAGGCAGGACAAUGUUCCGACAGCUUCUAAAGCUGGUGAGAAGCCUCAAAAGAGAGCCAGUCCAACUGAUGACCAUGACCGGUUAAAUAAGCGAAGGAAAGGAGAUACUGAUUCAAGAGAGAUAGAUUCCAGUGAGGUUCGUUUGUCUGAGAAAGAAAGGUCAGGCGAUGCCCGAUCACUGGAGAAACCACAUUCUGCUACAUCAGAAAAGGUAAGCCCUGAUGACCAGAGCAGUAGCAGGCUUAAAGAUAAGCCAGUGGACAGAUCAAAAGAAAAGGGUGGCGAAAGGUACGAUAGAGAUUAUAGGGAAAGAUCAGAGCGUACUGAGAAGUCACGAGGUGAUGAUUUUUUAUCUGAGAAGAUGAGAGAUAGGUCCCUUGAGAGACAUGGAAGAGAACGAUCUGUUGAGAGAAUCCAAGAUAGAGGUGCAGAGAGCAAUUUCGAUAGGAUAGCUAAGGAUGACAGAAACAAAGCCCGGUAUAGUGAAGCAUCCGUAGAUGACAGAUUUCAUGGGCAAGGUUUGCCUCCCCCUCCGCCUCUGCCGCCUCAUCUUGUUCCCCAGUCACUGAACGCAAGCAGGAGGGACGAGGAUGUUGACAGGCGAUUCGGAAAUGCCAGACAUGGGCAAAAGCUUUCUCCAAGACACGAAGAUAGAGAAAGGCGGAGAUCUGAAGAGAAUGCUUCUGUUAUACAAGAUGAUGCAAAGCGAAGAAGAGGAGAGGAUUUACAAGACAGAAAGCGUGAAGAACGUGAUGUAGCAGCGUCAGUCAAGAUGGAUGAGAGAGACAGGGAUAAAGGAAAUGCAACCAAGGAGGAUCUCGAUUUAAAUGCUUCGAAGAGGAGGAAGCUCAAACGGGAGCAUAUUGUAUCUGAGCCUGGAGAGUAUUUACCAGCAGCACCUCCACCUCCCAUUCCGAUGAAUAUGUCACAGCACGAUGUAAGAGACAGAGGCGAUCGAAAGGGUGGUGUAGUCCAACGUCCUGGUUAUAUAGAAGAACCCGGUCCCAGAAUCCACAACAAAGAGACACUCAGCAAGGCAACUCGUCGUGAUAUAGAUCCAAUGUAUGACAGAGAAUGGGACGAUGAGAAGAGACAAAGAGCUGAACCAAAGCGGAGGCACCGUAAAUAGAUGAACACAACUUCCAGCCGAGCUCCAGGUGUAAAAACUAACUGGCUGGCGCGCAAAAUUCCUGGUAUUGUCGACUCCAUUACUUCCUCAACACAUAUUAGUUUGUUUCCAUCUCUGAGCUGUUCCAAAAUUUUUUGUGGCGUGUUGAUUGUUGGGGAAGAAGGCUAUGCUAUUCCUGGUGCAAUUACCUUAAUUAGAUUUCGUGUUGUGAAAUUGUGUACUGGAAAAAUAAAUUUUUUGAGUGUUGCAUACACUGUAGAUUGCCACAAAUUCAAUAUUUAAUCAAAAUCAACACAUUCUUGGA